AUGAGUUUAGGAUAUAAUGCCGUAAAGUUUAGAUAUAAUGCAAACUAUACAAUAAAUGGAAAUAUGAAAUUCAAUGAGGUUCAGAUUGAGCGAGUGAAUACUGAAUGUUAUGAAAGGAAGUUGUUCUCUACGACUUUGGGUGUGGAUGAGUAUCAUAAGACUCAUAUCAUGCAUGUUAGCAAGCUUGGAUCUAAAUGGAGAGAUGUGUAUAAUGUGAAGCUUGAAAAGCGAUUUGAUUAUGUUUCUGGAGACUCUAUUGGGAUGAUUUGCCCAAAUAGUGAUGAAUUGGUCAAUGAAAUAAUGAAGAUGCUUGAAAUAGAUGAUUUUGUGUGUAAGAUUGUAAGAGAAGGGAGCGAAGCAUUUAACUAUGUGGGGAGUGUACGAGAGUUUUUCAAACAUCACUUUGAUUUCUCAGGACAUCCCAAGAGAUCGUUCAUGCUUCGGCUUAGUGCGUUAUGUGACACAGAGGAAAAUAAGAAGUAUGUUGAGUAUUUAUGCUCGAAUCAAGGUGCAAAUGAUUAUUUGCGAAUGAGUAGUCAAUGGAACAAUGUAAUUGACUUUUUGAAAACUUUUGGAAUCAAACCUGAGCUAGGUGAACUAAUAGGAGAAUGUGGGCUCGUGAAGCCAAGAUAUUUUUCAUUAAUAAACAAGAAUGGCAGUGAUUCUGAAAUUCUGGUUGGAAUAACCAGCAAGCAAUUUGAUUCAUUUAUGAGGUAUGGUCAUGUAUCUGAUUAUUUGAUUAACCUGAAUGGAGUUGGAGAGGUAGAAGUGAAUUUAAGAAGAAAUUUGUUAUUUAGGCUGUCAUCUGAAACAAAGAAGAUAAUGGCGAUAUGCACGGGAACUGGAGUAGCGCCGUUUAUAUCCUUUGCCAAGAACUUUAAGGCGCAUCAAUCGAUCUGGAUUGUGUAUGGAUUUAGAGAUGAGGAAGAUGACAUAUAUAAAGAAAUGGCGAACAAUGAAGAAGUUGUUUGCGAAAACAAGGUAAAGAUAAGUAAAGUUAUGUCAAGCAGAGGCAUAUAUGUUACUGAUUAUCUUAAGGCAAACAUGAAUGAUAUCAAGGAAUAUGUAGAUAGUGAAUGCAUCAUAUAUGUGUGUGGAAGAAUGGAUAUGCAAAGGGAGGUGUUUGAGAUAUUUAAGAAUGAAAUUCCCAAGACUGUUGAAGACAAAAGGGUUGUAUUUGAUCAAUGGCGCUGA